ACGUCUUUGUCUUUCCUAGAAGGCUCCUUGAGCAGCCCAAGGUGUCAAGGUGGCGACAGCGCCCCUAGCGAGGGCUGGCUGGGAGCCGUCACACACCACACGUCAUCAGUGGGAGCUGGAGUGGGAGCACAGAAGAGUGAACUUCGACCGUGAGGGGUCGCUAGGAUACGCAGCCAGACGCAGAGGGGGCCCUUGGGAUCAGCCUGGAGGCCCAGAGCCCAGCCGGCCAGCAGAGAGCAGCCAGGUGGAGCGGAACCAGCCUGUGAGGUGAGGUCGCGCUCCGAGGCCAACAUGCCCAGGACCAGACAGGGCAGCCGUCGAGGGUCGUCGUCGUCGUCGUCUCGCCGCUCCCGCACCUCCAGAGCCGAGCUGACCUUCUCUGUGAGCCUGGUGGAACACCAUCUUCGGGAGAGCGGCCAUGCCCGGCGGCUGAGCGAAACGGUGCCCAUCUUGCUGACCGCCAUCCUGGAGUUCCUGACCCGCAGGCUGCUGGAGCUGGCAGGCAAUGAGGCCCAACGCCGAGGCGCACAGAGGCUCAUCACCCCGGAGCUGCUGGACGUGACUGUCUACAAUAACACGCAGCUCAGCCAACUGUUCCAGUUCGCCACCAUCUCCCAGGUGGCCCCGGGUGGCGGCCCUCAUCGUGGGCGUCGACGUCGACGCUAGCUACUACCUGCUGCUGUUGCUGCUGCUGGCUGGCUCCGGGUUGCUGACCUGCCCAUCCGCCCCAGUCCAUCCACCGAGCAUCGGUUCAUCCCGGUUCAUCCCGCCCAAACUUUCCCACAGACAGCCCGGCGAGGCUGGUCAGCCUCGUCCCUUCCUUCUCCCUGUUGUGCUCUUAUUAAAGCUUUGGUUCGAGAAGCCCA